AUGGCUCCACUGGACCCUCGACAGUACCACUCAUUUUCACCUUCUACGCCAGGCUAUGGCAAAGAAACACCAGGCAAGCCAGUCCCAGUGAAUACCUUUAUCGACCCCACCGUUUUUGUCGAGCUGUUCACUGGAACAGUGGGCAUUUUCAUAUUUGCGGUUCUAUUCUGGAAGCUCGGCAAGUUCUUUCGCUCAUUAACCAGACACAGAGUGCUGUGCGAGGGCAAAUUGAUGACAACUCGAUAUGCCAGAACUUGGUAUGGCUGGGUACCUUUAAAGACACAUGAGAGGAACAAGGCAUUCAUUCGGAAGAUUUUUCGCUAUGUCCGUGAAUGGUUCUCAUGGGAGUCACCCAGAACAGAUUACCAAUGGAUGUGGCGGGAUCCGGGCCUGGAGGCAAUGGAAGCACGCCGGGCCAAGCGAAAACGAAUCAAGUUGCUACCGGAAUGCUUGAAGAGCUAUGAGGAGAUGCCCGCUGCGCAUAUUCCAUAUCCGCGAUCGUCUAUAGAGUGCCAUGGAGCAUUGGGCGGCAUUCAAGACGCCGAACCUUCUCGACCAAUUCGACUUGGGCCCGAAUGGGAUGAUAUCGCCGAGCCGUUGCCUCGAAUCAGCUUCAACGAGCACCGGUUCGAAAAUAGCACGGCUUCUUCAAUCUCGCUGGAAAUGUUCACACCACAGUCACGGGCACACACCAGAUCCACCGAUGACCGCGCUGAAGGUGGCUUGCGCGUGGAUGGAAGGACGAUCGGACAAUUGUUAGCCUUGCCGACCAAUGUUCAUUCUCUACCAAUCUCCACAAACAGUCGACGCGCUCCUCGGAAAAUGCCUUCAUGGGCAGAGGAAAAUACUUUGCACAUGCGACGUGUCUCUCGCCUAUCGUUUGUACGAAACAGCUCCGAUGUCGCUGAGGUUAGCCCUGGUCCAAGUGUGCAUCAAAGUAUCCAAAGAUCAAUGGAAGCCCCGAAACCCGUCUUUCGUCGUGGAGACAUUGUCUCACGAAAAUAUAGAGCGUGGUCGGCACAGAUGCAAGCCAAGGCGACGGGACUGGCACAGCCGCACCUUCAAGGGUCCUCUGGUCCACCGGGCACGCCUCUUACGGCUCUUCUGGCCAGUUAUCUAUCAGAGCAAAGUGCCUGCGACACAUAUCCAGAUACGCCGAAAGAGGUUCCUCUUGGUGCAAACUCAUCCUUUACGAAGAUCACAUUGGCUACCAGCCGUGACCCGCUGGACCGAGGGAAAAGAGGCAAACACGCAACUUCUUUCGACGUGGACUCGAAAAAUUCCAAGUUCAAUACCGCGCCAGCCAGAUUUCGGCCCUCGAAAAAGCCACCAUUAUUGACUGCACACACUUCGAACCAGCUAUCGCACUCGUGGCAAGAUACAAAUACAACUGCUCUCCAUAAAACCAGCCUCCAAGCAACAUGUGCUCAACCUGCGAUGGCCAGAUCCAGGGCUAGAGCGAGAGCGACAGCCCGAAACAGAUACGCAACUCUGCCAAGCUGCAUGGAUGGCUGUAUGGAUGGGGUUUCAGAAGGCGAACAAAUUUCGGUCGCGAAGCUGAGCGACUGGGAGGUACGACUGAUUGAUCAUUUGAACCGCAAGUUGGGGUGGAUACACAAUGAGAUGACACCGGGACAAAAGCCAUAUCACUUUGCAUUACUUGCCAACCAUUGGCUCAACAGAGAGACCUGGCUUGUGAUCGAUCCCAUCUCGCGAGUGCCAAUACAUCAACGCCGGCAAUGGGGAGACCCACGAUUCAGUCCUACUGACGCCGAGAAUGACCCUGUUCCCAGGCUCAAGUACCCGGCCACUGCACGUAAACGAGCACAGGUACCGCGAAUCGAUUCAUGGCGGGCUGCGGUCAACAAACAAAGGAGAGUUUCCGGGAAUCGAAUUGGCAUUCGAACAAUCGAACUAUAUGAAGACUCAGCGGAGGAGCCCCCGGAUGGGCACAUUGACCCAGCUUGCUGGAUCUUGCCGAAGCCACCCCAGGGGUUUGAGAUGUCCACAAGACAGAAGAAUGCCUGGUAUGAAGGAGGUGCUGGUUGGCAAGAAAAGCUCGAAGACUGGCGGCAAGUCCGCCGGGGAUACCGUCUGCAAAAAUUUGUCCACGAGGGCCGUGUCAAUCGGAACCGGGUCAAGGAACUUGCAUCGCAAGUUUCAAAGGUGCUGCCGUACAGCGCCGCUCAAGCUCCUUCCUGA